AUGAAGCUCUUCACCACCAGCGGCAUUGCCACGCUCUUCAACGUCUUAGCGCCUGUGAUAGCCAUGUCAAUUGCUAAUGCUAGAACGCGAAUAUCAGUGCCAGCGCCAGGCAGCAAUUUCUCAUUUUUGUGUGAGAAUGGGCGCAGAUACCAAAAAAAUUAUCUCCAAGGAGCAGUUCAGGAGGCGAGAUCUAUUAUGAGUAACCAAUUUUCACAUAUUGGUUAUCCAUUAUCAUUAAAUCACCUUGAUUACGACAUCCCUGGAAAUGUGUGGUAUCAUCCUCUCAAUUUACAUAACGCAGAUGAUUUUGUCGUCUUUAGCCCGAGCUCUCAAAUAGCGGGCGUCGCCACCUGCGAGACGCAUCCUGAUGGCCACCUAACCUUCAGCCCCUGUUCAUUCAUUUAG